AUGUCAGUGGCUAGCGACCCGGGCCCCGGUAGGCCGUCGGAAAAGGCCACGAAGGAAUGCAUCGAGAUCGUGGCCAUCAUCUCCCGGCGCCUGGAGGUGGACCGCUUGCUGCCGGCCAUCGGCGCCCCCCGGCCGACGGCCAGCCCGGCUCCCGGGGCAUCGGCCGCACUGGCGGCCGACACCCGGGCCACAUCACCCCAUCUGGCCUCCGGGCCGCCGUCGCCCUUCGCCACCCGGUCAUCCCCCAUCUUGAUUUCUCGGAAGCACUCGGUUUCCUUCACCGGGCUGGCGCCCGGGUCCUUCGAAGGCUCCCACGCCAUGGCCAGCUCGCUGCCCGGGUCCGGCGCCCCGAUGUCGCUGGCCUCGGCGCCACACCUUCAGACACGGCUGCGGUCGCAGUCCGACGCCCAUGCGCCGCCCUCCCCCGGACGAACCCCCUCGCCUGGGAGGGCUUUCCCACGGCCACUGACCCCGGCCGAGCCGCUCCCUCUGGCCGCCGUCCAUGCGGCCGGGCCUACCUCCCGGUCAUCUCCCUCCCUGAGGGCCCCGACCCCGGUAAACGCCACGGCCGACACCCCGCCGAUGCUUUCGCCCGGGCCCGGCUCGGUGGGCCCCUCGCCCGGUGCUUCCCCCUCGGCCGGGGCCGCCCUGGCCCGGCUCUCUCGGCAGACUUACAAAACCAUGCUCCUGGUGGAGUACCUCCUCCGGGCCGGGUCCCCGGGGUUUGUGUCCCUCCUGCGGGAGGAGUCCUUCGCCGGGAUCGACGCAUGCCGGUGGUUUGUCUAUGUCGAUGCGGACCAUGUCGACCAUGGGGCCAUCAUUUCCCGCAAGGCCACCGACGCGGCGCUCCUCCUGCGCGACCCCCGGGCCCUGGCCAACGCCCGGGCCCAGUUCGCCAGCAACCAGGUGUCCAGCGCCAGCUCCCCGGCUCUGGGCGACCCGCCCAUGCGGAUCCCCGUCGCUCGGCGCAUGUCGGCCCCGGCCCUGGCCAUGCAGCCCUCCUUCGGCAGUGCCUCCGACCUGUCAGACCUCUUCUCCCUGUCGAACGAGGGCUUCAGCAGCGAUUAUUCGCCAAGUGCCUCGGCCAGCCUGGCCGGGGCCGACGCCGGUGCCACAUCGGCCUCGACUUCGGGCCUGGUCCUCCCGGCCGAGCCGCGGCUCACGUACAGCCUCCCCGGGCGACAUGCCUGGCGCAGCGCAUCGGCCAUCCCCCGGCACCUGGCUGAGCCGGCCUCGCCACUCCCCCGGGCCGAGCCGUCCCCGGGCUCGACGCCGCCCAUGCCGGCCCUGAGCAGCGCCGCCACGCACCCGGAGUCGUCGCUCCUGUGA